GCUGCGGCGGCAGCGGGAGGAUGAGGGUGAGGAUGAGGAUGGGGUGGGCUCAGCUCGGCGGGGUGGGCAGGGCCUGCGGGGCCGGGCAGGGCGCACAGCUCCGGCUGCCGCCGCCUCGGAGCCAGCCCCGCCGCGCCCUGCCGCCUCCCCCUCCGCCCCUGGCCUCCCCUCCCCGCUCUGCCCCUCUCCUCCCUCCCCGACCCCCUACCCCUGCCCCGUCCUUCCGCGCCUCUACAGAGCCCGUCCGUCAUUCCGUCCAUCAGAGGCAGUGGUGACCAGCAAAACAAAAACCUGCUAAGGACCCUCUGCUUGAGGCUGUUUUAUUCCUGGUGCCAGGAGGAUGCUCCCGUGGGUGCCCAGUGUGCCGAGGUGUCACGCUCUAUUCCAGGUCUCCCCCUGCUGCCUGUGCUGCUGACCCCAGCCGUCUGUCCCUGGCCCCUAAAGCUCUGCAGGCUCCUGCUCUGCGCUCAGCAUGCCCCUCCCUGGUGAACCCCAGCCCUCUGAGGAAUCGCUCUGGAGCUCGAGGCCAGCCUGCAGGGAGAGGUGAUACGGCUGUGCCACUGCCUCCUCUUGUGCCGGGGCUCCCUCCCGCUGACACCGUCUCCCAUCCCUGGUAGGAAAUGGAGUCAAAGGUCUCUGAAGGCGGCCUGAACGUCACCCUCACCAUCCGGCUGCUGAUGCAUGGCAAGGAAGUUGGAAGCAUCAUUGGAAAGAAAGGAGAGACUGUGAAGAAGAUGCGUGAAGAGAGCGGGGCGAGAAUCAACAUCUCAGAGGGAAACUGUCCUGAACGGAUUGUGACCAUCACCGGCCCCACCGAUGCCAUCUUCAAGGCUUUUGCCAUGAUCGCCUACAAAUUUGAGGAGGACAUAACCAAUUCAAUGAGCAACAGCACUGCUACCAGUAAACCUCCGGUGACGCUGCGACUGGUCGUACCAGCUAGCCAGUGUGGCUCUCUGAUUGGCAAGGGAGGCUCCAAGAUCAAGGAAAUCAGGGAGUCCACAGGUGCUCAGGUUCAAGUGGCAGGGGACAUGCUGCCCAACUCCACGGAGCGGGCGGUGACAAUCUCGGGGACACCUGACGCAAUUAUCCAGUGUGUCAAACAGAUCUGUGUGGUGAUGCUGGAGGUACAGUCUGUAACAAAGGGGUCCCCACCAAAAGGUGCCACCAUUCCCUACCGCCCAAAGCCCGCCUCCACCCCUGUCAUUUUUGCAGGUGGUCAGGUAAGAGCCGACCCGCUUGCAGCCUCCACUGCCAACCUCAGCCUUUUACUGCAGCACCAGCCGCUGCCCGCCUACACAAUUCAGGGACAAUACGCCAUUCCACACCCGGAUCAGUUGACCAAGCUCCACCAGUUGGCUAUGCAGCAAACCCCCUUUACUCCCCUUGGACAGACCACCCCCGCUUUCCCUGGAGAAAAGCUGCCCUUACAUUCCUCCGAAGAAGCUCAAAAUCUGAUGGGCCAAUCAUCAGGUCUGGAUGCCAGUCCCCCGGCCAGUACUCAUGAACUCACCAUUCCCAAUGAUCUAAUAGGCUGCAUAAUCGGACGCCAAGGGACCAAAAUCAAUGAAAUUCGGCAGAUGUCUGGAGCACAGAUCAAAAUCGCCAACGCUACGGAAGGGUCAUCGGAGCGCCAAAUCACCAUCACAGGAACCCCCGCCAACAUCAGCCUCGCUCAGUACCUCAUCAACGCCAGGCUGACGUCUGAGGUCACUGGAAUGGGCGCACUCUAAUUUCCACCCACCAUCCUCCACUCCGCACCACCCGACCCUCUCCAGCCAAGGGCACUCCACCCAGCCUGUACAACCUAUACAUUUACUGUCUUCCCCUUACCUCCACAGAUACUCUUUUCUUUACUAACAGAUAUAUAUAUAUAUAUAUAAAUACACAUGCAUAUGCACCCACUGGAACGUUUCUUUAUGACCUCCUUACUGUGCUCCUGAGAUUGCUCCUGAACUCUUUGGUUAUGGUCCUUGUUUUCAGCGUAUGGUGUAAUUACUUCAUCUUCUUUCCAGGGGGGUCAGGGAGAGGGGGUUUCACUGGUGUGACUCAAGAAGAUGCCGCGUCUCCAGUGUCAGUCUAGUGUAGCUACUUAAACGUUUGCAUUGACGUUGGCUGUUCUUGCUGUAGCCUAUGGCCCCAUGACACCACCCAGAGCCGUGCUCGCUGCCCUCCCCGUGGUCUCCCCAGUGCUCCCCCUGCGUUUGCUUCACUCCCUGUCCUCCCCUUGCCGCCUCAUGCCCCUACCCCAAGAAUAAGGUGUAGUUUUUCACCCCUGUGUUGUUUUGGAAGCAGAAUGUGUGGGAGCCAAGCCUACGUGCAUGCAUGGGUUCACGCACAGAUGUCUCUCUUUGCAACAUGGCAGGGUCCAGACAAGCCGUUUUUAAUAUUCAAGGAAGGGAAUCUCACUCUCUCUCACACACAAACACACAGACACAAAAUUCCCUUUUUAUAACUAACAAGCAACUGGAUGCAGGAAGAGUUCAGCUGUACAGGAUUCACACCCCCAGGGGCCCAUGAAAGCACUCUUUGACAAUCCCCACAAGCAACCUUUGGACAAUAGCUCAGGAAGAUCUGUGAGCCAGCUGUGUUUGUCAGUGUUUGUGUUCAAUAAAUGUCUGUGCAGCUCUGCUACCAA